AUGGUAGACAAUGCAGGCCCAGGUCACCAAGCUGGGACUUCUGGAGACGCCUCUCCAAUUCUCAGUCCGACCGCAGAGGAGCGUAAUCGACGUAAGAUAGUCAGCUUCAAGGUCACCCAUGUCCUUCUCACUCUCUUUCUCUUAUGGUUGAUGACUGUACAUAUUGUUGGCAUUCUCUUCUUUGCUAAAGGCUUUCUUCUCACCAGAUUGGUGUUGGACAACAAAUCCGAAUGUGGCAUACUUCCAUCUGACAAGCCUUCUCGAGAAAUUGGCGGAUGCUGGCAUCCAAAGUCGUUCGAUCGGGCGGUUGUCAUAAUAAUUGAUGCUUUACGAUAUGAUUUCACCAUUCCUUCUCAUCGUUUCUAUACAGAACCUCAGAAAAAGUUCUAUUUAGACAAUCUGCCCAUUCUUCACCAGACCGCUGCUUCAAACCCUGCCAAUGCAAUCCUGCUCCCAUUUAUCGCCGAUCCUCCGACUAGCACCCUCCAACGUCUCAAGGGCUUGACAACUGGUACUCUUCCUACAUUUAUCGAUAUUGGUUCAAAUUUUGCGGGUACAGCUAUCGAAGAAGAUAAUAUCAUUUCUCAGCUGAAAGAUGCCGGCAAGACGAUUGUACAACUUGGAGAUGACACAUGGCAUUCCCUCUUUCCUGGAUAUUUCCAUCCGAAUAUGACACAUCCGUAUGAUUCUUUCAACGUGUGGGACCUGCAUACUGUCGACAAUGGGGUCAUCGAGCAUAUUAUGCCUUUGCUUGACCAGACGCCGGUCCAGUGGGACGUUAUUUUCGGCCACUUCCUUGGGGUUGAUCAUGCAGGCCACCGGUACGGUCCUGACCAUCCGGCAAUGGCCGAAAAGCUCCGUCAAAUGGACGGUGUCAUUCGGCAAAUAAUGGAGAAGAUUGACGAGAAAACGCUCCUUGUCAUUAUGGGCGACCAUGGUAUGGACACCAAGGGCGACCAUGGUGGGGAAUCCGAUGACGAGAUCGAAGCAGCGCUUUGGAUGUAUUCCAAGAAGCCUUGCUUCGGCCGCAUCGACGCGGCCGACAGCUUGCCUCCGGCUACAGCGAAGGAGCGCCCAGUUGGCCAAAUUGAUCUGGUCUCAACUCUAUCAAUCCUCCUUGGCCUCCCCAUCCCCUUCAACAACCUCGGCAAACCAAUUGCUGAAGCUUUUGCAGGGCCUGGUACGACGGACUGGGAAAAUCUUGCCAGAGUGGAGCAAUUGGUCCAGAGUCAGAUCUCACGAUAUCAAAAGUAUUAUACGCGCUCGCGGGACCUAGGUCUGCCCCAAGAAGCAUACACCAAGCAGAACCAGUAUGUGGUCGACGCAGUAGAUGCUACGGCGCACGGCAAGUGGCAGGAAUCACAUAAUGCCCUUGUCAACUGGCAUAGAGAGGUGAUAUCCAUGUACAGACAACUGUGGGCCAAUUUCAACUUGACAGAUAUGUUGAUUGGUGUUCUGCUUUCGGGUCUCGGGUUGGGGUUUUUGUUCCUGUUUUCCUGCUUCUUGGAAGGAGACAAAGCCGGUCUCGCAGUGCAUCUGCUCAGGAGCGCUGGACUGGGCUCCAUGACAGGCGCUGCGCUCGGCGCGCUGACUGGACUUUUCUUGCCUGCGCACUUCACUGUGGCGGCGGGAUUGAUCUUCGGCGCAGGGAUCGGAGGCGUCGUUGCCGCUUGCUUCUGGUCUUGUCAACACCUUUUCGCUCCAAAGUCGUAUGUGCCAUCCGCAUGGGGGUGGUUGGCUUUCGUCUUCUGUGUGGCCCAAUCGGCGGGAUUCGCAUCGAACUCCUAUACCAUCCACGAAGACACCAUCCUCCUCUUUUUCCUGAGUUCAUUCGGCAUCGUCUCCUUGGUCUCGUCAUUACGACAAGCGUCCAAACCUGAUCGAGUACUGGGCGCAUACCAAUCCGUCGUCUUCGUAUUCCUCACCCGAGCCGCGUCAUUUUCACGUCUUUGUCGAGAAGAGCAAAUGCCGGGCUGUCGCUCCAGCUUUUAUGCUUCGACAAACUCAUCAAUCUCGGCCCCCUGGCAGCUUCUCAUCCCUUACACCGUGGCUCUGAUCAUACCGGAAAUCAUUAAGGCGUUCUACAAGGGCACUGCAUCGUAUGCAGGGUCGGCCGGGUUUUGGAUUGGCUUCAGUGUCCGCAUGGGCUUGUUGCUCGUUGCUGCCUACUGGACGGUAGAUGCUGCGGAUAAUGGGGACUGGCUGCUGGAGCGAGUCUCAUCAGCGACGCUCAAGACAGUCAACAUCACGCUGGCCAGGUGUGCCCUGGCAAUCGCAAUUCCUGUCGGGAUAGGGACCUUUGUGUGGGCAAAACCCUGUAUCGAUAUCUCGAUAACCGAAGCGACGACUGCCAAGGACGAAUCUGGCGCCCGUGGCCGGCCCCAGCUAGCUGUCUUUGGCUAUGCCAACGUCUUUGGCAGCCGUCACUUCAUUAUGAUACCGAUCCUUGUCCUUGCAGUGUCACUGCUUCUGCCACCCAUGGGUCAGUAUUCCAUCGCUAUUCUCAGCUGGCAGAUCUUGUGCCUCCUCGAGAUCCUAGAUACCAACGGACUUAUGAUUACCUCUGCCACCAAAUCCAGCAUUGGCCCUAUUAUGCUCGCAAUCCUGGGCUCCUACCAUUUCUUCAAGACCGGACACCAGGCAACCCUAGCCUCGAUUCAAUGGAACUCGGCAUUUGUGCCGCUGCGUACGAUUCAAUAUCCUUGGUCUCCGCUUCUUGUCGUGCUCAAUACCUUUGGAGCUCAGAUUAUCUGCGCGGCAGCGGUGCCAUUGACGGUUCUAUGGAAGAGACCGGUCGACAAAGCAGGUGUACGCGGGUUAUGGAACGACGUGCUCGGGGCUUGUCUUAAGCACGCUCUGUACUAUGCGACCAUCCAACUGGCAACGACGAUGUGGGCAGGACAUCUGCGACGGCAUUUGAUGCUGUAUCGAGUUUUCAUGCCACGAUAUCUCAUGGCCAACGGGGUGCUGCUGAUCGUGGAUCUAGUGCUGGCUUUGUUUGCCUUGGCCAGCGUUCGGGUGGUCGGGCUCAGUGUUGGGGAGGUGUUCGGCUUUUGA